CGUAACCUUAAAAAUCUAUUAACUCAUUAGCUUAGGUUGAGCUAUGAAACUGUUGCUAACUGUAGCCACACUGUUGGUUCUGAGUGAGCAAUGUCAGGAAAUCCGGAUGAUCGCGAAAGACGGAUCAGUUGUCGUUGGUAGGAGUAUGGAGUUCGCGACAGAGGACAGUUACCUCCUGUCUUUCCCAGCCGGUUCUCAACACAACAUGCCUGAACUUCCAAACUGCGCAGAAUCAUUCGAGUUCGAAAGUAAGUACCACACAUUCACUACAAGGAUGAGGUUACAGAAUGGCAACUGGUCUCAAUUUGAUAGUGAUGGCAUGAACAGUGCUGGACUAUCCGCUAGCGCUCUCCACUUCCCCGAGUUUUCUUACUUUCCAGAAAAUGAAACUGUUCGAGGAGAAAACUGCAGCAAUGCUGUCUCCCAAAUCCGACUCGUCGAGUACGUUCUGGCCAGCUUCGCCAAUGUCCAUGAAAUUAGAGAAGCCAUUGACAACAACACAUUCCCCAUGGUCUACUCAGAGGAAGACUUCAACAUGACUCACCCAGUUCACUAUCAGUUUGUUGACAACAGUGGUGAAGGAAUGGUCCUGGAGUACACAAAAGAGGGAGGAAGAAGGAUGCACAACAACACAAUCGGUGUGUUCACCAACUCCCCAACCUUUGAUUGGCACAUGGAAAAUCUGAGGAACUACCCACAGCUUCGAAACAAGAACAGGGAGGGAUUCAGCUACGACUUUGAAGGUGAAAAGUUCUUCCUUCCCUCUGGAUCGGGUUCAGGAUUAGCUGGUAUUCCUGGUGAUUACAUGUCUUCUUCCAGGUUUGUCAAAGCUGCUGCUCUGCUCAGAUUUGCUGACAAACCACAAUACAGGAGUGAUGCCGUGAUGCAAACAUUCCACUUGAUGAACGCUGCUGAUAUUCCCAAAGGAGUCAUCAGAGACCACAAGAAGUCUGAUCACGAGGAUUAUGUUCUCUCAGACUCUAUGUAUGUGGUGGUGAAGAGCUUGUCAGAUGGUUGCAUGUACUACCGGGCUUACCAUGACAUCUCCGUCCGACGAAUCUGCUUCAGCAACAUGCCCAUGGACGAGAUGAGAUUUAAGAAUAUGGAGAGAAGAUGGCAAAACAGCUAUGACGACAUCAAUACCGAUAAUAUGGAAGCCUUUGAGUUCAAUGACUCAAACUAAUAACGACAAUUGUAAUAGAAUAGUAAAGAAACUGUUAUUUUCGUACACUGAAUGAUUGUUUGUACACUGAAUGAAUUUGAAAUAGAGGGAAUAAAUUUCGCAACAUUUGUGGUUUUUUUAAAUUGAUAUUUUGGUUAUUAUAUUUCAUACGAAAUAGGAAUUGAUUUAUUUUGAUACAUUAUUUUCAAAAACUUUUUUCA